GUGCGGGACGCGCAGUCCCGGCGCGUGGGGGCCGCGCGGGCAGGAUGGUGUGCGCACGGGCGGCCCUUGGUCCCUGCCUGCUCUGGGCUGCGGCGUGGGGCGUCUUGCUGCUCAGCGGCCAGGCGGGGGCGCAGCGUGGCCGGAAGAAGGUCGUGCACGUGCUUGAGGGUGAGUCCGGCUCCGUGGUGGUCCAGACAGCGCCCGGGCAGGUGGUGAGCCACCGCGGGGGCACCAUCGUCCUGCCCUGCCGCUACCACUACGAGGCCGCCGCCCACGGCCACGACGGCGUCCGCCUCAAGUGGACGAAGGUCGUGGACCCGCUGGCCUUCACUGACGUCUUUGUGGCGCUGGGCCCCCAGCACCGGGCCUUCGGCAGCUACCGUGGGCGGGCCGAGCUGCAGAACGACGGGCCCGGGGACGCCUCCCUGGUGCUCCGCAAUGUCACCCUGCAAGACUACGGGCGCUACGAGUGCGAGGUCACCAACGAGCUGGAGGACGACGCGGGCAUGGUCAAGCUGGACCUGGAAGGUGUGGUCUUCCCCUACCACCCCCGCGGGGGCCGCUACCAGCUGACAUUCCCGGAGGCGCAGCGGGCGUGCGCCGACCAGGACGGCAUCCUGGCGUCCGCCGAGCAGCUGCACGCGGCCUGGCGCGACGGCCUGGACUGGUGCAACGCGGGCUGGCUGCGCGACGGCUCGGUGCAGUACCCGGUGAGCCGGCCCCGGGAGCCCUGCGGCGGCGGGAGCGGCGGCGGGAACGGCGGCGGCGGCGGCGUGCGCAACUACGGCUACCGCCACAACGCCGAGGAGCGCUACGACGCCUUCUGCUUCACGUCCAACCUCCCGGGCCGCGUGUUCUUCCUGAAGCCGCUGCGGCCCGUGCCCUUCGCGGGAGCCGCGCGCGCGUGCGCGGCGCGCGGCGCAGCCGUGGCCAAGGUCGGGCAGCUGUUCGCCGCGUGGAAGCUGCAGCUGCUGGACCGCUGCACGGCGGGCUGGCUGGCCGACGGCAGCGCGCGCUACCCCAUCGUGAACCCGCGCGCGCGCUGCGGCGGCCCUCGGCCUGGCGUGCGCAGCCUCGGCUUCCCCGACGCCUCCCGGCGCCUCUUCGGCGUCUACUGCUACCGCGCGCCCGGCGCACCGGACCCUGCCCCCGGCGGCUGGGGCUGGGGCUGGGCUGGCGGCGGCGGCUGGGCUGGGGGCGCGCGCGACCCCGCCGCCUGGACCCCGCUGCGCGUCUAG